GUCAUAAAGAAACUGAGCUCCAUUCGUUUCAAGUUUACGCCCAUUUCUGACAAAACGAAACUUUACAAGACAUGCGGAAAUGAAAAGUCAGCAGGUCCUCGGCAGUGACUCACUGCUGGCACAUCACAGACCCACCGGAGAUAACUUCAGCUCUUUACCCAAUGCUGAGCAGAAGAAAGGGUCGCGAGACACUCCUCUCAGGAGUUCUAGUGCGUAGUGAGUCCUCCUGAUUUUUUCUAGUCUUUGGCUGAACUGAAUUGGUCUUAGCUGGACUUACGGUGGGCAUGCAGGUCACUGCUUCUGUUGCAAGAGAUUGCUGAAGUCUGAAGAUGAAGUGCCCAUCUUGUGGUCAUAAUAUAUUAGAGGAGACAGCCAACUUCUGUAGCAAAUGUGGCACAAGGCUGUCUUCUCAUCCAGAAAACACACAAGAUAAAAACGAUCAGCCCAGAUCCUUGGUGGCAGACUCUGAAGUUAAAGCUGAGAAAUCAGCACCACAGAGAGCACACUCAACUGAGGAUGGGAGAAGAGCUAAUAGAUCGCCCAAACGACCAAAUGAUGAAACUGCUGGAAACCCAAAGAAAAAGAAGAAAAAGAGGAAGAGGAACAAAAAGAAAAAAGAUGGCACCUUGUCAUCAGACCAAGAACACAGCCACUCGGACUUCUCCCAUGUCCCUGAGGGAGAAAACCAGGGAGGGAAGAAGAAGGGUGGAGGAGAUUCUUCAGACAGUGAAAGCUCAGAUAACGCAAUGGAUGAAACACCAGACUCGCUCCAAGAUGAGGGGUCCUCAAUGGAGAGUCAGCCCAGCUCCUCAGCUCCUAACACCGCAGCUGCACCACCUGAAAACAAACAGGUCAAUGAAAGCCAACCGACUGCUGAAAUAGUAGAAACAGGAGCUGUGACACAAGCUGAGGACACAAAAAUAAUGCAGGAUCAGAUUCUCAACACAGACACUCCAACCCAGCGACCCUCCUUAACGGAUAGAAAGACCGAAACCUCCCAGCCAGGUACGGGCAAAGGAACAAAAACCACUGACCCCAGAGAUCAAAAGACUGACAAGAGAAACACUAAGAACAAAAAGGAAACAACAGCUGCUAAACAACCUACGCUGGACCAGAAUGCCAAUGAAGAGACAAGCCCAAAACAGACAGAACAAACUAAACAGAAGGGAAAAAACAAGCCGGAGCAGAAUCAGAAGCUGACUGCAGCAGGUGGACAGAAAAUGGUCUUCGGCCCUCAGUCUUCAGUGAAGGCUGACAGUGCAGGCUCGAGUGUGGACCCAGAGGAGAACAACAUGGUUGUUCAGCAGUCAGAGAGUGGGAAGAACUCAACCUCAGCACAGUCCUCUGAUGCAGACAAAGAAAGUAAAAAAGGCAAAAAGGAUAACACAGAAUCCAGCACCCCGACUGGCACUCCACCCAAAAGGUUAACUAGGAGCAACACCAUCGCUGCUUCUGACAGGCUCACCAUCUACUUCCAUGCAGUCCUCUCAAAGGACUUUAAAUUUGAUCCUGAUGAAGAUCGUGUCUUUAUCAGAGCUGGGUCCCUCCUUGGGACAUGGGAGAAAAAUGCAGCUGAGCUGUCUGUGACCAGUGAUCUUGGAGAACAUGGAUUCCUGGUCCAGGGCAGUCUGACAACGACAAAAAAAGAUGUUGUGUCUGAGUCGAUACCCUACAAGUAUGUGGUCUACAGAACUAAAAAGGAGAAGUAUGAGUAUGAGUUCAUUUACAAACUGGAUUCUUCUCAGCAAACUGUCAACAGAUGUUUGUUUGUGAAACCCCAGAUGCUCACUGAGGAAGGGGACUGGCAUCAAUAUGAUGACAUCAUCUGUGUCGAGCCAUCAAAGAAUAUGCUCAAACGUAUUAAGGACACAAUCUGGCCUCAGCAAAAGAAGGAUCUGAUUCAGGGGAAGGAUAUUGCAGGGACCAUCAUGAUAGAGAACAUAUUUGAUCUUCUCAGGACCUGGUCUGUGGCAAAUCUGAAAAGUUUUGUGAUCCAGCUGAGUCAGUUCUUUCAGGUUUACAGCGACCCUUUUGUAUUUGAAGAAAAAGAGAAGAGAUGGUACGCCUUAGACUAUGGAAAAGACAAUGUGAAGAACAUACUGAAGGACUUCAUGCUGCGAAACAUGAUUCCUCAGGUGUCAAAGGAUGGAGAUAAGAAGGCGCUCUACAUUCAGGAUCCCCUGAGGGCAGCAGUGGUCAUGCUGUGUGUGUGUAAAAAGUAUGUUAUUGUACUGAAUGAUGCAGAACAGAAUCGGCUCUGCACUGCACUGUGCCUGCCAAACAUGAACAAAGCAGAUUUUCUGCAAUACUGGGCAGAAUUUUCCCAGGAUGUCCCCAUUCUCAAAAGUGUGGCAGAAUACUUGGUGUCACUGAUUAAUUCAGUGAAAGGAAGAGGAAUGCCCCGGUGGAUUAUUGUUUUACCACUCCUUCAUCUCCUAAGAGGCACAACGAAGCCAUUUGAAGCACUGUCUCCUGGAAACUACAAAAAUGCCUUAUCCUGGGCGGGCUUACAAGGCCUCGAAAUGGGUACCUCACCCUACAUGAACAGCCAAGAUAGGAAGGCCAUCAUCAAUGCCCUGAAGAACCACAGUCACCUGAUGGAGGUGGAUGCACUUUUAGUGCGAGCCUGUCUGUACUUGAUGCCUUUUGAUGACUUGAAGGAAUGUCUGACACACAUCAAUGCUGAGCUUCUGGAUGUGCUUUAUGUUGUCUUCAACAAAUCUCCUCAGGAUAUUUCCUACAUCAACAACCAGAGCGUGUCAGACAUUCUCUCUUAUGUCCAAGGACAACUCCUUCAAGAGAAAUACAGCUGUUUUACCAUGGCGUACGGGAGAAUGUGCCUUGAAACAGCAGUGAAACUGUUGGAGAAAAUCUGCAAAGGAGUCAGACUGGCAUCCUAUAACCAGAGCUGGAUAAACAUUCCAGUGGCUUGUAUGCACCUGGUUGCUUCAGUGUCUGACUUUGUUAACUGCAACAAGCAACAGGAGACAGAAGCAGGGGAGAAAGAGCAGCGACAUGUGAAAGACUUGGUAAUCUCUCAGGCCAUGGUCAUUAUGCGAAACUGGAUGAGUUGGUCCUUCAGGCACCAUUUGCUCAACAGAGGCAUGACAUCCCUUUUCCAGAUUGGAGCCACAGUGGAGAUUGAAAUAUGGAACAACAUAAUCUCCCUCAGCUUCAAAGAUGACGAUUGCACACGAGAAUGGAGACAGAUGUUCACAAAGGACUUUGAGGGAAAAUACAAACAGGAAUCUGCUGUGGAUCAAAUCGAAUUCUACUGUACAAAUAUAGAGGAGCUCGGUAAAUCCCAUCCACUGACUGCUGCCAGCGUUGAGAAGUGUGCUCUUGAGGCUGUGACGUCCCUGUGCCAGACCAAGUCUGAAGGGAAACUACUGGAGAGGAUCAAGAUAAACUGGAAGUUUGGGAAACUCAUCUCCACAAUCAUUGAGAAAUCAUGGCCAAAGGACCGUCAAGGACAUGAUCAGGAAGAUGAAGAAGUGGUCCUUCAACACCUUCUUUCCUGGACUGCUGCCAAAAACAUUUUCCAGCUCCAUGGCGCAGAUGAAAACGUGAUUGAGAAGCUCUCUGAAAAUGCCAGGGGCAGAAUAGCGAUUGCCAUAUCGUCAUUCACUGCCAUGAACAAUAAACUGGUCACUGGAGACAUCAAGAUCAGCUUGCUCAACAUCAUUCUUGAGAAGAGCAAGGCCUACUUGGAUCUUCUGAAAAUCGAUUGCCUCUGUGACAAAGAAGAGUACAAGGAUAAUGCCAAAAUGAGGAGACUCUUGCAGUGCAGGCAGGAUGAAGUGAAGGAUGUGUACCAUGAGAAGGAGCUGAUUGAUGCCCUCCUUACAAUGAGCCACAAACUGGAGGAACACAUAACAGUUGAUGUUGCCGACAUGGAGGAAAGACAGCAGAUCAGCAUUGAGGUCAUGCCCUUAAACCAUUUCAUGGAGGUCCAUCAAAUCGACCAGAUGCCCUCUACCAUGACUGGUGUUGUCACUUUCUUCAGUCUAGAUGAAGACAUCAGGGAAAUGGCUGAGGUCCUGCACACCUUCAGAGAAAGUUUUAUUUUCAAUGUGUGCUGGGAGAAACAAGCCAAAGUGUUGGCUUCUGAAGAAAUGGGGGACGACAAUCCCAAUGAACAUGAAGUUGCUGACAUAAUGGCAACACCAGAAAUGAUACACGAUGAAAUUUUCAGUCCUUGCUUCGCCAAUUACAAAGACAUCUACACGUGCCUAAAGAAUGGCAGAAUAAGGCUUGGGGAGGUAAACCAGCUCUUCAGUGCUUACAAGGACAAGUAUGAGGAGCUUGCAAAGGACCUGGACAUCAUGUGUAGAGUUGAUAAUUCUAUCGACAAACAGUGGAUCCACAGCAGGGUUCAACAGAUCGAACAGUAUCAUGAGCUUCAUCUAGCCGUGGCUUCAGCUGAGAUCAUCAUGAAGGUCAAAGACACGCUUCAUCUUCAAGGGGACUUCAGGGUUCUGGAAACACUCAAUGAAGCUAGUCGUGCAGACUUUCAGAACGAGCAGCUCAAUCGGAUUGACAAUGACUUGAUGCAGGCUAAGAAGGUUCUGGUGGACAUCACUGAACCCCGCAGACUGUGCCUGCAGGAGCUUGGACUCAGAGGACAUUUUGUAAAGUGGGUCAAGGAUGCACUUGAAGAUAUUAAUGAGUUAAAGGUCUUUGUUGACUUGGCUUCCAUCUCUGCUGGAGAGAAUGACAUGGACGUGGAUCGGGUCGCUUGCUUUCAUGAUGCUGUCCUUGGCUACUCUUCAAUGCUGUAUGAGCUCAAACCAGACUCUGGUUUCCAAGUCUUCAAAGAUGUCCUCAACAAGCUCUGGAGAGCUUUGGAGAAUGACAGCAACCUGCCAAAAAAACUUCGGGACAGUGCACGGCAUUUGGAAUGGCUGAAAACUGUGAAGGACAGUCACGGGUCAGUGGAGCUGUCAUCGCUGUCUCUGGCAUCAACGAUCAACAAUAAGGGAAUCUACCUUAUAAGUGCACAAAAUGUAAAAAAGUUGAGUCUUGACACGGCCCUGAAGCUGCAGAUUCCUGAAGAGCAUGAUGAUGGCCAACAGAUGCGCUACUAUUCCCUGGAGGACCUUCGGGAACUGCAGAACAAACUCAUGCUCAUGUCUGGAAAAGGGGAUCAAGGACAGAAUGAAGUUGAUCACUUUGCAGAGGUUUUUGCAAGUGUUCAAAGACUAGCUGAGGCAUUCAUUGCCCUCUACACUGCUGGAAAUCCUCUGUUCAGACACUGGGAAGCCCAGAUCAACUGUUCCCUAAGCAACAAACAGCCCAGCAUCAUGAUGGACUUCAACCUUGGUAGUAUUGUCAGUGUUGUCAUUGUGGAGGGCAGCAUAGAGGAGCAGCUUCCUGAACUAUGCAGGAAGAUGGAGAAAUGCCUGGACUAUUGGAGGGACUUUGUGGACAAACAGAGAUCCAAGCAUUACUAUCUGAACUACUUCACAGCUGAACAGAUUGUUUACCUCUGCAGCAAGCUGAGUCAACAAAAUGUCCCCAAUGUUGAGGAAGAGGUUCUCAUGAUGCUAUCCUUUGUCAAGCCAAAUUGCUCUGCCUCAGACUUGCGGCAGGUCUGGCAUACACUCCAGUAUGAAAUCCUCACCAAACCAGAAGAACAAAACGAGGACAUUGAGCUCCAGACUUUUGUUGUGGUUCCACAAACUGAACUGGUAGGUCCAGAUUUCACCAGUGAAUUAGAUUUUUUGCCAAGUCUUGUGGAAGAAGCGAAAGGUUCCCAGAAAUUUGACCUCAUUUGGAAUGCUUACAUGAAGGACAUGAAGAACUUUCUCCCUCAGAUUCUUGAUAUAAAUAAUCUGGGGAGGCUGUUGGAAAUAUUGGCCAUCAAAGAAGAUGAAAGUGAAGAGGAUGAUGAAAAUGAUAUUUCCGAUUUCAGCACUUCAGGUCUCAUCAUGAGACAGCUACCUAAAGGCCUUGCAACAGGAAAUCCAAACCUCAUUGUCUGCCCACAUGAUGAUGUCUUGACAUCUUGUAUCUCAAUCUACAUGAGCACUGAAGCCGAGGCCCUUCCGACCUACGACGAGGUUCUUCUGUGCAACCCUUCAACGCCAUAUGAGCAGGUUGAACUGUUCCUCAGACGCUGUCUCAGCACUGGCUACAGGGGAAAGAAGAUAUACACUCUCCUGUUUGGAGAUCUACUCACUUACGAUGUGAGCUCUAAAGUUGAGAACUUUUUCCAGCACAUGAAAAUGCAGAGCCGGAGGGACUACAGACUCGUGAUCAUAUGUAGUUCAGAGAAAGAACAUGCCUACCUGCCGUCAGCGUUCAGCCAAUACAGAUUGCACAUGGUUCCUCAGGAACCUUUGGCAAGAAUCCAGGAUUACCUCCACAAACACUUUGUUGUUCCAGCAGAUCAAGGCAGUGCUGCAGCUGCUUUCAAAGACAGACUUUGUGUUGGCAUCAUCUCAUCCAGAAGGGCCGGUGUUGGUAAAUCCCUGUACAUCAAAAGGCUGUAUGAAAAGCUGAAGCACUCCACCAAGAAGCCAUCAACAAUGAGCUGCAUUCGCUUGAUUGAACCUUGUGUUGAUGAGAAUGUCAUCCUUCAGUCUCUGUUGAACACUUCCAAGAGAAAGGAACUCACCGUGUUUCAUUUCGAUGUCACAUCAUCGGUCCAGAAAGGUCUGCAUGAGUUUCUCUUUAAGUUGCUGAUUCUGCGCUAUUUGAUGGACUCCGAGGGAAAGAUGUGGAAGUGCAGUGAUAAGCAGCUGUAUCUCAUAGAGAUACUAGAACAGGCUAAAAAUGCUACACAACAGGCUCAGAAAAGAACCAGCGCAUUCACAGAUGUCUUUCCAAAUAUUUUCUGCCGUCCACCCAAAAAAGUUUUAAUGCUGGAGAUGAGAAAGCGAGAAGACCCCACCCUUGCAACCAUGGAGGACCCACUAAUGGAUGAUCAAGAAUUCCGCAGUGCAGCCUUUCAGCGACCAUACCAGUAUCUCACACGGUUUCAUAACGGCAUUAACCUUGAUGGGUUCACAUAUCAGGGUGUUGAAGGGUCACAUGUGGAGUGUCUCCAGAUGCUUCUCAUGCACUGUGGAAUGAUGGACCCAUCCUGGGCAGAACUGAGAAAUUUUGCAUGGUUUCUUAACCUUCAGCUGCAAGACUGUGAGACAUCAGUUUUUUGUGACGCUACAUUCACUGGUGACACGCUGACUGGAUUUAAGACCUUUGUGGUUGACUUUAUGAUUCUGAUGGCAAAGGACUUUGCCACUCCAUCACUCAGCAUCUCUGACCAGAGCCCUGGCAGGCUGCAGGUGGAUGACUUGAAUGGGGUUCGAGAUGAAGACUUGGCUCCUUUUUUGAUCAGGAAGAGAUGGGAAACAGAACCACAUCCAUACAUCUUCUUUAAUGAUGACCAUGUGUCCAUGACCUUCAUUGGCUUCCAUCUUCAGCCCAAUGAACAGAACUCUGUUGAUGCAAUUGAGCCCACAACUGGCGAAGUGAUAAAAAGGAACGUCAUGACAAGGGAAUUGUAUGAAGGUCUUAGGCUGCAGAGGGUGCCAUUCAACAUCAACUUUGACAGUCUUCCAAGAGGAGAGAAAAUAGAGAGGAUCUGCAGCGUUCUCGGUAUCCAGUGGCCUCUUGACCCAGAUGAAACAUAUGAGCUAACGACCGAUAACAUACUGAAGAUGCUGGCGAUCCAUAUGCGGUUCAGGUGUGGCAUUCCUGUCAUUAUCAUGGGAGAGACAGGCUGUGGCAAGACAAGGCUCAUCAAAUUCCUUUGUGAGUUGCGGAGGAGUGGAGUGGCCACAGAGAACAUGAAGCUGGUCAAGGUGCAUGGAGGGACAACGUCAGAGAUGAUUUACACCAAAGUCAGAGAAGCUGAAGAUAUUGCUUCUAUUAACAAGGAAGACUAUGGAUUUGACUCGGUUCUCUUCUUCGAUGAGGCUAACACAACAGAGGCAAUCAGUAGUAUCAAGGAGGUCCUCUGUGACAAGACAGUCAAAGGAGAGGGUUUGAAAAGAGACAGUGGGCUGCAGAUUAUUGCAGCAUGCAACCCAUACCGAAAACACACAGAUGACAUGAUCAAGAGGUUAGAAUCUGCAGGUCUUGGGUACAGAGUUCGUGCUGAAGAGACGGAUGAAAAGCUUGGGUCUAUACCUCUGCGCCAGUUGGUCUAUCGAGUUCAAGCAUUGCCACCAAGCAUGAUUCCUCUAGUCUGGGACUUUGGACAGUUAAAUGAUCACACAGAGAAAAUUUACAUCCAGCAGAUUGUGCAAAGGGUGAUUGAAAACAAAGAAAUCAGUCAAACAAACCUGAAGUGGAUCACUGAUGUCCUUUCAGCUUCCCAGAAGUACAUGCGAACAAGAAACGAUGAAUGCAGCUUUGUCAGCCUGAGAGAUGUUGAACGCUGCAUGCAGUCUUUUGUUUGGUUCUAUGACAACCACGCCAUGUUGUUUGCAGAACUUGAAAAAUUUGAGAGUCAUCUGAACGCAGAGAGCAACGAUAGGAAUCAGAGACAGCUUGAGGCUAGAGACCCAGUGAUCUGGUCUUUAGUUAUGGCAAUAGGAGUGUGCUACCACGCCUGUCUGGAAAAAAAGGAUAAAUACAGAGAGAAAGUCAGCAAAAGUCUUCCAUCAGGAUACACCCCAGUGAAGGUAAUGCAGGAGAUCUCCCUCAUGCAGGAUGUGCUUUUGAGCGGUGUUCCAAUGGGGGAUACUAUUGCAAGAAACAGUGCUCUCAAAGAGAAUGUCUUCAUGAUGGUUCUCUGCAUUGAGCUAAGAAUCCCUCUCUUUUUAGUUGGAAAACCCGGAAGCUCAAAGUCUCUGUCUAAAACUCUGGUGGCAGAUGCAAUGCAGGGCCAAGCUGCUCAUUCUGACCUCUACAAAAUGUUUAAACAGAUUCAUUUGGUGUCCUUCCAGUGUAGCCCACACUCAACACCAGAAGGCAUCAUCAACACUUUCAAGCAAUGUGGACGCUUUCAGGAAGGAAAGAAUCUGGAUGAGUACAUCUCAGUUGUGGUGCUGGAUGAGAUUGGGCUGGCUGAAGAUUCUCCAAAGAUGCCACUGAAGACCCUUCAUCCUCUGCUGGAGGAAGGAUGCAUUGAUGAUGAACCACUUCCGCACAAAAAGGUUGGAUUCAUUGGAAUCUCCAACUGGGCUUUGGACCCUGCUAAGAUGAACAGAGGCAUAUUUGUCUCCCGUGGUGACCCUGACGAGAAGGAGCUCAUCGAGAGUGCCAAAGGCAUAUGUAGAUCUGAUGCAAUGGUUUUGGAGAAGGUCAGGGAUUUCUUCCAACCCUUUGCUAGGUCUUACUUGAACAUCUGCCACAAACAGACAAAGCAAGGCAAAGGAUUUUUUGGCCUGCGUGACUACUACAGCUUGAUUAAGAUGAUUUUUGCUUUGUCAAAGAUUUCUCAUCGAAAACCCACUGCAGAGGAAACCAUGAAGGCAGUGCUGAGAAACUUCAGUGGCAGGGAUGAUGUGGAUGCAGUAGAUGUCUUUACAAAGAGGCUGAAGAUUGCACCCAACUUGGAGAACAUCAGUGCUAUUGAGUUUGUGAGGGAAAACAUUCAAGCAGUUGGACAAGAGGAAGACUGUCGAUACCUGCUGGUGCUCACCAAAAACUACGCAGCCCUCCAGAUCCUUCAGCAAACUUUCUUCUCAGAAAGUGCUCGGCCAGAAAUCAUCUUCGGCUCCAGUUUCCCAAAAGAUCAAGAGUAUACCCAAAUCUGUCGCAACAUCAACAGAGUGAAGAUCUGCAUGGAGACAGGUCAAACAGUUGUGCUUCUGAACUUGCAGAACCUCUAUGAAAGUCUCUAUGAUGCUCUUAAUCAAUACUACGUCUGCUUGGGAGGACAGAAGUAUGUUGACCUUGGACUGGGAACUCACCGUGUGAAGUGCAGAGUGCACAAAGACUUCAGACUGAUUGUUAUCGAGGAAAGAGAGGUGGUCUACAAACAGUUCCCCAUACCCCUAAUCAACAGGCUGGAGAAACACUACCUGGACAUCCAAACUGUACUGAAAACUGAGCAGAAGAGGAUUGUGGAGGAACUGGAGGGAUGGGUGAAACGUUUCGUCUCUCUUGGCAGUCAACACGGAGCAUCAGCUCAGACUUACAAGUACAAAGCACCAGACGUGUUCAUUGGCUACCACUCGGACACAUGUGCAUCCGUCGUACUUCAAGUAAUCGAGAAGCAGAGGGACAGUUUGGAUGGUUUUGAUAUCUCGGACCCUGAGAGGAGAAUUCUAGAUGAAGCCAAACUAAUCCUGCUCAGAUGUGCUACUCCAGACUCAGUUGUGCGACUGGACUGCACUGGCCUUCCCAAAGUGGAGAGUGAAAAUCUGUCCAAGGUCUACUUUGAAGAGCUGAGUAACAGCUGUUUGGCUGACUUCAUUCUUGCUCACACUACCCAGGAAGUCCAUUGCCAGUCUUCAUUCACAGAGGUGACGACAUUCUCCAGACUUCUGACGGCAUCUGACUUGGAACCACUGGAGAAAAUGUUGCAUGGUGUUGAGCUCCUCUCACUCCAGCAGUUUGACACAGAGCAGUCCUUCCUAAAGAAAAUCAGGAACUUCCUCACAGCAGAUAAUGGAAACCAAAACACGGGACCCUGCAACAAAAUCCUCAUCAUUCAGUGUGAUUUUGAAGCAUCUCAGAGUGCCAAUCUCAUUGCAUCUGCAAAGUAUUCGUCCAUAAAUGAAAUCAACAAGAUAACUCAGGAGAGCAUGGGAUGCAAGCUGUUCGUCUACUUCAUCACUAGAUUGCCAAGAAUGGAAGGAGGGAGUUCCUACAUUGGCUUUCAUGGAGGCCCUUGGAGAUCAGCUCACAUCGAUGACCUCAGACAGUCCAAAGAGAUUGUGUCAGACAUCAAGGCUUUGCAAAAAAUGACAAUCAGUGAGAUGUUUGAAACAAAGACAAGUCCUCCUGAAGCCAUGGAGGUUGACGACAUGUACACUGAGAAUGAGCCAGAAGAUGCAGUGCAAGAAAGUAUGCAGUUAGAUGAAAAGGAUGGGAACAGCGCCGUUGACACUACAGCACUGCUGAGGAGCUGUGUGCAGAGUGCAGUCAGCAUGCUGAGGGACCAGGUGGACAGUGGCAUCCGCAGCACCAACAGAGUUGAGAUCCUGCUGACACUCCUCAGUGACAAUGACAAAAUGAAAGGUGAAUUUCUACAAAUUGUGAAGAGGCAUCUCCACUCAUUGCUGUCAUGUCAUGAUGGCAACACUUUUUCAUCCAUCAAAAGCAACUGGGUGAUUAAGGAGGCCUCAAACAUCGAUGCACUGCAAGAAGGAGGCACCUUUAGGAACACUCUAUGGAAGCGUGUUCAGGCUGUGGUGGUUCCCUUCUUGGCCCAGUUGCUUUCAGUCAUCGACAGGGACCGAAACUUGGACCUCCUGCUUGAUAGCAAAUGUGAUGAAUCUGUCAAAAAGUUGUGGUUGGAUAUCUUUAGCGACGAAAAACUGCUGGAAAUCCCACAUCUAACGCUGGACCAUAACAAUGAGACCAAAACAAUCGUCGUACAAAACAACAUCGCGCAGGAUCAGAUCAUGAGCUGCAGCAUGCCCUUCAGCUGGAGGAUCAGGAACUACCUAGAGGAACUCUGGGUCCAUGCACUUCAGCAUGAGGGCCAAACUCAGUUGGAGUUUGAUGAGUUCUAUUGGAAGACACCCCUUGGACGCUACAUCGAAAAAGCAGACCAAGAAAUGCAGAAGGAGUUUUUUCACCGUUACCUUCAGGAUUUCAUCUUUAUGACAAUGAACGUGACUUGUCAGGAAGAUCUGCAGAUCCUGUGUGGUGCUUUGAACUGUUGUGUCAAUGAGCUGCGGUUACAACUUAACGCCACAGACACAGUGACUUCUCUCCCAUGGGUCCAUGCUGCUUAUCAUGAGUUCAAAAACCGGCUGCAGAACCUGUCAAGAAUGAUCUGCAUAGAGCCUCAGGUGUCGGAGCACCUUUUGCAGAUACCGGAUGCAAGAAAUAGGGAUGAACUGGUGUUCGAUGUGUACGCUGCUUUUGCAUGUGUGGAGUACCUGGAGCCUACAGUCCUGAACACAGAUGCCCAAAGACAAGCUUGGCUCAGAAGGGUUAAAAAGCUGCAAGUUCCCAUUGAGCUGAUCUGCUCAGAGGACAGUGUGAGACGCUACGGAGAGCGUAGCAAGAUGAUUGUCUGUAGAGUCCAAUCUGGAUGGAACCGGAUCUUCUCUCUCUCGCUGUUUGUGGAGCACAUGUUGUUGGGAAUUGAAGAUCUUGACAGAAAGCUUAUACCUCUGGUUUUGAAACACACAAGAGGGCUUUGCCAGAUACUGGAGAAGAAUUCAGAUCCUAAGAUGAAGCAGACAUUUGAGGCAGUCAUUACUCUGCUGAAAACCUGUAAAGACGAAGCAGUCAACAGCUUCUUCAGGUUUGGUCUUACGCUGUGUCCAGUGUGUAUGGGAGACCCGCAAAAUCCACUCUGCCUGCCAUGUGACCACAUGUACUGCUUAGCGUGCAUCAAACAGUGGUUGGCUCCUGGUCAGAUGUACUGUCCACUGUGCAUGCAGCCAGUGAAGGAUGACUUUCCCUUGGUUCCUUCAGAGGAAAUGAGGACUCUUAUCAACCAUCAUGCUCAGUUCAGGAAGCAUUGCAAUGCUUUCUUCAUUGACCUGGUCUCCACUGUGUGCUUCAAGGACAACUCUCCCCCCUGUUCAGAUGUCAUUCUCCAUCUGUUGUCCCUUCUCAUGGUGGAGGCCAGCCCUGUUCCCAUCCUCAGGGCCACUCCUCAAAUUUUAACGAAGGUGCUCUCCCCAUUUGAUGACGCAGUGGAUAAAAACCCAGUGGUUCGGUCAGUGGUGCUCAAACUCCUGCUGAAGUACAGCUUCGAUGAGGUUAAAACUUACCUGCAGCAGCACCUGGUGUCAGUUGAGCAGAGCAACAUCUUGGAGGAGUCGGAUAAAACUGAACUGUACUUGUUGUACAUUAACUGCCUUGAGGAUUCAAUGUUUGAAAGGUUGCAGUUCAGGUCCAUGGCAGACCAGGAGGUGUGUCUGUGGGAAGAAAGUGCCUUCCUGACUGACUAUCUGCAGACGCAGGGCCAGUCUGCUGAAACAGCCACUGUGGAGUUUCUGCAGCAGGUGGCCAGAGUGCGUAUGGACCUGGAUUUGGCUGCCAGCCUCAUUAUUGAGAAGCUAAGAGCCGCAGAAGCUCAAGAGAGCAGUCAAAAUGGAACCACAUUUUUCCUGACCAGUGUGGUGAACUUGUGCAGACGCAGUGGGAACAACUGGUUUCGUGUCUAUUUGAUCCGUAAGAUCUGCAGCCAGCAUGGAGUGGAGUUUGUCAUGAAACUCCUACAAGUGAAUGAAAUGCACUGGCUCUUCCCUGAGGAAGUUCGAGAAAAGAGUGAAGAAGCCACCCCAAUAGACCAGUAUCUUGUUUGUGGGGAAGACUACAAGGCGAUUAGAAAUGCUGUUGCAAAGGUAGUAAUGGAAGGCAGAGUGGACGGACUGAAUGAGACCUGUGAGGGAUGCCGAUGCUCACCACAGUGGGUAACGGUUUAUCUUCUGCUGGCGUUGUACAGAGAAGUCACCACUCUUUACAGAGACACCAACGACAGCUUCCAUCCUAAGCCUGAGCAGUUGGGGGCCCUCAUGGCUUACAUCCAGACUUCAAAGUUCCUCCCCAGCCCAGAGAUGAAAAAGUUUGCUGAAGUUAUGGUGACCAAUCAGCUCAAGUCAUUGGUUCUUCCUCCUGGGACGUCUGGUGCUAGGUGUGUGCUGGUGGACUUGACUAUUCACCUGGCAGCUGUCUUGCUCUGUGGGAACCAGGGACUCCUAACACCUCUGCAGCAGCUGGCAAUGGCACCGGCCAACAUGCAGGUGGCCUUCUUGCCUACCAUGCCUGAGGACAUGUUAGUAGUAGCUCAACAAGCCAUGGGGCCGCUGCACUGGUACCAUUGUCCAAAUGGUCACCCCUGCACGAUUGGAGAGUGUGGUCAGCCAAUGGAACAAAGUCGCUGUUUGGACUGUGGUGUUGUGAUUGGAGGACAGAAUCACGUUCCUGUGCAGGGAUUUCACAAUGUUGGGCUGCAGGCUGACCGCACUCAGACAGGCCACAUCCUGGGACACCCCACUCGCAGGGACAAUCCAGACAUGUUGGACACAAAGAGUCUCUCUCCUGUCCCCUUUACCAUUGUUCGCAUGCUCACUCACAUGGCCAUGCUGCUUGGUACCUGCUGCCAGCCACAGGCUAUUCAUGCCAUCAUCAAGCCUCCAGUGCCUGACCCAAGGGAUUUUCUUCUUGCUCACAUUCAAAAGGACAUGGAGCAUCUUAUCAAGUCCCUUGGGAAGGGGACAGAUGACACAGUCAGCGCAAUUCACCUGCUCAUCAGCAGCUUCCUGCAACAAGCAUGGCCUGUUCCUAACAACAACCUGCUUAGAACCAAAGAAGCCAGAAAUGCAUGGGAGAUGGAAAUGAGUAACACCAUCAUCACACCACAGCUGAAGCACUUGGACCGACAGCUAAAGGAAGUCAACGCAUUCAUCAGAACUGACUCCAGAAUCUCGGCCAACCCAAUCAUGAAGCUCAUAUUUGGGGACCCUUGCCUCUUCUUGUCCUCACUUCCUCAAAAUUCUCUGAUCCAUCGUUCAGCUGUGUGGAGCUGCAGGGAGAAAGUGUCUCUGCUGAGCCUCACCCACAUUGUGGAGCAGAAUGGUGGCAAAGACACUCUGCCUGUGCUGUGGAGAUUCCUGCACAAGGAGGCAGAGCUCCGACUUGUGAAGCACCUUCCUGACAUCCUCGUCCUGCAGAGAGAUCUGGUCAAGAAGUUUCAAAACGUCACUGAGCUGACCUGCAGCACCAUUGCUGAGUUCCUCCACAGUCAGAAAGCAGUUUCUCUUAAAGCCUGGUACGAGAAACACAUCAAAAUCUUCCUCACAACCUGGAAUCAGCUCAGAGUCUCUUUGGCAACUAACGGUGAGAUCAAGAUCCCAGCUGAUCUCUGCGAGUUGGACUUGAACCUCAAAAGUGAUUUUAAAGUGCUGUUACCACGACGACAGGGCCCAGGCCUGUGCUCCACAGCUCUCGUCAGCUACCUCAUCGCUCUGCACAAUGACCUAAUCUACUGUGUGGAUAAACACACAGGGGAGGAGACCAGCUACAAAGUGAGCCCUGCAGAUCUGACUGACCUGCAUGUUAUCCGGUAUGAGCUGGACAGGGAUCUGAUGCCCCUGGUUCUGUCUAACACCCAGUACAGCAUCGAGAGAGGCCAGGAGACUCUUCAUGAGUACGACUUGCCCAAAAUCCAGCAGCAGAUAUUCUCUCGCUUCCUACUGGGCAAACCUCUCAUCACUCUCAAUGGUAUUCCAACACUAGUGAACAGACAUGACCGGAACUAUGAGAUUAUCCUGAAGGAUGUCAAAGCAAAAGUCAAGCAAGAGCAACUCCAGACUCUCACCCUGUUUGCCAUGGCGGGGGAGCUGCACUCCUACAGUGAGGUGUGUGAGGCCUUGUCCACACUGGAAGUGGCCCUCGGUUUCCUCGCCAUGACCGGGGGAGAUCCUCACAUGCAGCUGUCGUCUUACCUGGAGGAGGUGCUGCAGAUGGAGAACCAGAUGGCCCCGCACAUCUUCAAGGCUAUGAGCAUGUGUCGUCUGAAGCAUUGUGUGGCUCUGUGGCAGCUCCUGAUCUCACUGAAAUCUGAAAAUAUGCUGCGACUCAAGAGGGAUCCAUUUGUAGGCAUCUCUGAGAAGUACAAACAAGCCCUGGGUGAGGACGAGCACCGGCUGCUGACAGGCUUCUUUUCUAAGACCAGUGCAGACACUUUCUUGCUGGAGAUGCACGAGUUCCUGGUUCUCGUUCUCAAGAAGUCCAAUGCACUUGACACUUUCAGGCCUGACUGGAGCCUAAAAGACACGCUGUUUUCCUACAUGGAGCGCAAAGACAUGGACAUCCCCCCUGAUGUGGAGGAGCUGUUUCCAGGAGAGAUCUGCCUUUGUCACUAUGUGGAAGCCUGGAAGUUCAUCAUGGCCUUCAAGCAGGAGCGCGGACAGAGACAAUGAGAGGGUUGGAUUAUUUUGUCUUCUUUAUUUGACGUACUCAAAUACCUCAGAUGAAGUUUACAUCCAUGAUAAAUCAACAGUAUUGAAGCAGAGUUGAGUGGUAUAAUCAAUAAUUUACACAUAUUUAUGCAGAAGGAAUGUGCCUUUUUAAAAAGCACUGUUAUGAAGAUUCAUAGUGCCACAAAGCAAGUGUUCUCAUCUACAGCUGACCUGUAUGAAAAUAGAAACGUUUGUCUUGUCUUGCUUUGUGUUCUCUUGUUUUCUCAAGCAUCAAAAUGUUCAGACAUCUUGUGCCGUUCUUCUGACACUUUACUUGAAAUGUGAAUUUGUCUUUGUUAGAGAGGCAAAAAUAAAAAAAAAUUUGAACUCUACUCAGGUAAAACUAAUAAUCAAUCUGAAUCAAGUACAAUGUAUCAUUUCCUUCUCUUUAUCUGUCAUUGUUGAUGUAUCAUGAAUAUGUAAAAGUUGCACUAUCCUUCUUUUCACUCUUUUAAUAUAGAAAAAAAAUGUUUAUAUUCUUUAAAUGCUACAUUGUUUACAUUCCAGUUUUCACUUUCAUUUUGUUUCGUUUGCUGUUUUCUAUGUUGACUCUGUAAGAAAUAGCUCCUUCAAUUAAACCAGAACU